AUGGCAGUCGACGCAAGCCGCCCUCUUGCAGUGGCAACAGACAGGGUGGUGGUUAACCAGGACACGCUCGACGGAGCAUCCGUAGGUGGCCUCUACGCCGAACUCGUCCGGAACACCACCGCCAUACAAAAGUCCCUUCAAGCCCUCAGCCUCGAUGAUGGGAUCCUUGUCUUGGAGCCUAUCGUAUCGAAGCUGCUGGCGCGCAUGAUAUACUGUUCAAACAGAAUCGACGAUGUAGGAGGGGACUGGGACGCGACCAUGCACCUCUGCCAGCCCAUCUUCCGAUCCAAAAAGUCCACCUUGGACGUAUACAGGGAAGAGCUCGAGUAUGAGGCGCUUGUUGACCCUUGCCGGCAGCCGAGAAGCACCAUCGUCACGCCCGCGGACAUUCGCAGGGAGCAUGAGAUCAUACAGCACGCCAAAGCAGCCAAGUCCAUGCUGACAGAGGUGUACCUGCACGGCCACGAGCUGUCCGAAGAGAUCCUUCUCAAUACCCACCGGAUCAUGACGUACAAUAUCGACUCUGCUGACGGCGCGCCGCCGACGGAAUACGGCGGCGUCUAUAGGUCGUCGUCGGCUCCGUCCCAGACCUCGGAGCAAUCCGCGUCGUGGUUCAUAUCCCAGUCAGUCCAACACAUGAUCGAGUCUCUGACAACAGACCUUGCCGGCAUCGAGAAGGACGAGUUGCUAAAGGCCGUUUCCGUCGCCUCCAACUAUUGCCACGUCUUUUGCAACAUCAGACCGUUCUCUGAGGGCAAUGGACGGAUGGGCAGGCUUCUACUCAACGCCAUACUCCUCAAGACCGUGGGCGCCGUGGCCUGCCUUGGCAACGACACCCAGAGCCGCGAGUCUCUGAAGGCCGUCGGUGAUUCUGUAUGUGGCAGCCCAAAGCGCGAACAGGUCAGCCCCGGCAAGAUUACUGCCACACCGCAUCUGCAUGGUCCAGAGGCACUACGAAGCAUGGUUCUCAAAAGUGUGGUGGAAAGCACGAGGCAUCUUGCCAAGGCACUUCGCGCAGAGACGGGGAUUAGAUAUAGCAACGCGGCAUAA